GAUUAUAACCGGGCUAGUCCUAACCCAGCAUGACGCUAAUCAGCAUCCAUUUGGGCGCUUUACGACUUUCAUACAAAUUUGUACUUCGAUACUUGCGGCGUAGCUAUCAAUGAACGAUAUCCAUAUCAUAGCAAAUAUCUCUUUUCGAUCUCUCCAAGUCAAUUAGCUAUCAUGAGGGCUCCGCAGGUCAUCUCAGGGACCGUAACCUGGACGCCGCCAGGCCUCGACCAGUCCGUCCAAACAUGGUACAAAACCAUUGGCGACAUCCAAGCAUUCACUCCUCUCCUCAUCCUCCACGGCGGGCCCGCCGCAACUCACGAAUACCUUCUCCCGCUCACUGACCUUGCACGCGCCCGCAUCCCGCUCAUCUUCUAUGAUCAACUCGGCUGCGGCGCAUCAACCAUCCUGCCUGCCCGUGCCGGCGACCAGACCUUUUGGUCUGUCGCACUUUUCAUCACCGAACUUCAGACUCUCGUCAACCAUCUCGGUCUACACGACCGGAAAUUCGACGUCUAUGGCCACUCCUGGGGCGGCAUGCUCGCGGCCGAAUACGCGAUCGCGCAACCAGACCGCGUGCGACGACUUGUGCUCGGCGGCGCACUGGCCAGCAUCAAGGACUUCAAGGACGGUCUUGCGAGGUUGAGAGAUGCGCUGCCGCCGGAUGUGCAACGGGCGCUUGGCGAGGCAGAACGUAUGGGUGAUUUCACGAGUCCGGAGUAUGAAGCUGCUAUGGAGGUGUGGUUCAAGCGGCAUGUCAGUCUGAGCCGGCCGUUUCCUUGUCCGGAGAUGGCAAAUGUGCUUGGGUGGUUUGAGAAGGAUGGCAAGGAGGGUGGGUCGAAGGUGUAUGAGACAAUGUAUGGGCCCAGUGAGUUGGCGCCGAACGGGGUGUUGAAGGACUGGAGUGUGGUAGACAGAUUGGGUGAUAUCAGGGCGCCAACGCUAUUGCUAAACGGUGAUGAGGAUGAGGCGACAGAGGAGGCUAUGAGGCCGUUUUUCGAGAGAAUCGACAAGGUUAAGUGGACUACGCUGGCAGAUGCGGCGCAUUUUGCACAUGUUGAACAGACGGAACAGUAUGUUGCCUUGAUCAAAGCGUUUCUGUCAGACGGCAAUUGAUUGAUGUGGUUUGAACAAGAGCUUCUGCGUACCCAGGUAGUACAAAUACCUUAGGACAUGGAGGUUCUGCGCUCUGUCGGUCUGAGCCGGUAAAUUUGUGGAAGGGGAGGAUAGCAUAACACGCCUUCCUAGACAGCUUCAUACCCUUCGACAAGCCAGGUCAUUCGCUGAAGCCUUUCUGUGAUACUAGCCACACACUGCGACAACUAGGCAUCAUUUCAUACAGCCCACCAUGCUCAAGUAUGAGGGGUCCUAUUCAAGCGCCAUGAGGCC